GACAUUCACUACCCAUUCUCCGCUCAAGCUUACUGCUUCAACAUGCUGGAGUCGAAUCCUCUGUGGAUGAUCUGCCUGUUAAAUUGACGGAAGUAUGAUGGUGCAACCUUCUGUCGUCAAUAAAAUCCGCUCCCUCUUCACCAAACAGCAGUCUGCCCCUACUUUCCAGAUUCUGUCUGAUCUACAUUUGGAAGUGUGCUCACAAUAUCAUACAUUUGCGAUACCACCUGUGGCACCCUAUCUCAUUUUAGCGGGAGAUAUUGGGCGUCUUAUUGAUUAUGAGGGUUACCUAGCAUUUCUUGCAAAGCAAACCGUGCAAUUCGAAAAGAUCUUCCUAGUUCUUGGAAAUCACGAGUUUUACCACCUCUCACACACCGUCGCUUUGGAACAAGCCCAAAGACUCGAGAAUGAAGCAGCUUUAAACGGCAAACUAGUUUUAUGUCAUCAGAAACGAUUGGAUAUUGAGCUUGGAGAUUCACACACCACGAUCCUGGGUUGUACGCUUUGGUCUAAAAUUGACGAUAGCGCGAGAGAGGCAGUACAAACAAGAAUAAAGGAUCUCGAAAAGAUAGACAAUUGGUCGAUCGAUGAUCAUAUCGCUGCACAUAUAUCUGAUCUUACAUGGCUUUCCAACCAAGUUACGGAAAUUCGGAACCAAAACAAAUCUAGAGCCGAGGGGGAACCUGAAAGGAAGAUAUUGGUGAUCACACAUCAUGCGCCGACGAUAGUUGGUACAUCUAGCCCGAAAAACUCUAAUAAUCCUUGGGGUUCAGCCUUUGCUACGGAACUCCUUGGGGAUCCAAGUACGAACUGGGUUGAUGUCAAAGCAUGGGUUUUUGGACAUACACAUUUUACAACGGACUUUGAAAAAAAUGGUGUACGAGUCUUGAGCAACCAGAGAGGUUAUGUACUUCCAGCAAGUAGGGAAAAGAAAGAUGAGAAAUUCGAGGGAAUUUCCUUUGAUCCGAAGAGAGUAUUCGGUAUCUGAUUACAUUCUUAAUUCCACUGGGACUGAUACACUAUCCGCAAUGGAUAUCGAACGAGAGAUAACUAAAAAGAUCGUCUUUGGAACCCGUGUUGGAUUUUUUCUAUAGUACAUUCAAUGAUUUCUCUCGAUAGCCCUCAAGAUCUUCAAUCUCGACCUCAAUCA